UUGGUGAUUCGAUGUAAAUAUCGUAACUUGAUGCGAGUUGUGACACAAGAGGCGAGAAAUACUUCGGGAAAGUUGUAAAGAUAAUAACAUUUCAUGAAAAAACAAUGAUUUAUUGAGUAAGAGACAGUCUAAUUGCAAGAGCGUCAUGUCUCAUAGCUACUACCAGAAGCAGUGGCUAGAAGCACAGGAUAGCCUUAAUGACCUGCUUCAGCAAGAGAUUCCACCUGAGCCACCCAAACCUGAGAAAGAUCGCCUCACAGCAUUCCAGAACAUUGCAACUCUAUACCUCAAAUAUCUCCAGAUAUUCCGAAGACUUGAAGGAUGCUAUGACCAGAUUGUUCAUCCCCAGAAGCGGCGUGUUCUUCGUCGCAUGCUUGAUGGUGUGAUGGGGCGGUUGAUUGAGCUCAAGAAUGAGAUGGUCCUCCUCGAGUUCUCUGAAUUCCAUUACUUUGAUGACAUCUUGUCUGAUCUUAAAUUAACACCUAAUGAUAUUGAGAUUCCAAUACCAAAGUAUUUCAUCAAUGAGAGGGGUAAGGUGCUGCAGGAUCGUGAAAAACUCUUAGGCCAGAUCUUGGCCAAGAUGGGUCCUCCCGAGGAGAAGACAGAGGAGGUGAAGAUGUCUCCAGAUGAAGCCAUUCGUCUCAUCCAGAUUCAUGAGAGAGCUAGACAGGGCCGUCUCAGGGCUAAGUUUAUGAGAGAGAUUCGUCUUCAAGAAGAACGUGAAAGGAAUGCAGCCAACAGAGGUGCUCCUACUCUAGAUACUGAGUUGGCCGCAGUAAGGGUCCAAAAGACAUGGAAAGGAUAUUCAGUCAGAAAAAGGAUCAAGAAAGAAAGAGAAGAAGAAAUGAGAUUUAUUGGUAUGAUCCCACCACGUGACCCCACCAAUCCCAAGAACACCCCACAGAUUCUUGCAGAACGCACAGAGAAGGCUCGUCGUGUUACGCAAUCUGAUCAUGAGAGGGAAUACCAACAGAGUCUGGUCAGUAUCAAGACUAAGCUACGGGAAGUGGAAGGUCCAGAUAUGAAAGAAACCAUGCAGGACCAGAUUAGGCAGUGGUUUAUAGAAUGCAGGGAUGCUACGGGCAAGUUUCCUGAUUAUCCUGAUGAAGAUGAAGGAGGAUCUGCUGCAAUAUUCAGAGAGAAAGAUCCAGCAGAGAUUGAAGCAGAACUGGCUGGUAAAGAGGAUGAUAAAGGCAAAGGGAAGAAGAAAGGAAAGAAAAGUGCCAAGAAAGAUAAGAAAAAAGACAAGAAAGACAAGAAAGGGAAGAAAGGAAAGAAAGGGAAAGGUGGGGAUGAUGAUGAAGAAGAAGAAGGCUUCAAACUUCAGCCAUCAAACUUCAUUCCUGAUACUGAUUCUGCUGCUAAAGAUUUUACAGGUGUAUGGAGAGAGAGAAAUGAAGAAUCUAACUUCAGUCAGAAACACGACUCAGAACUUAUAAAGGAAGAGAAGCGUAUUGAGGUUGAAAAUGAAAUAAGAACCCAGGUUGAUGAACUCAUGAGAACUGAACUGAAAAAUCUCAAAGUGGCUGUUGACAGAGACAAGGGCAAGGGAAAGAAAGGCAAGAAGGGCAAAAGUGGAAAGAAGAGUGGAAAGAAAAAGAAGAAGAAGAAGAGCGGAAAGAAGAGUGGAAAGAAAGGGAAGAAGGGCAAGAAAGAAAAGGAUCUUACCCCUGAUAGAACUAUUGAGGAUCUCUAUGAGGAGUUGGUGAAAGAAGGAAUCAUCAUCCGAUGCCCUAAAUUCCCUCUCCAGGAGUACAUCGGUGAAUACAGCUAUCUGGGUACUACCCUUAGACAGGCUAACAUUGAACCUAUGCCUUCACUCUCUGAUGUUAGACAGCUGGUAGCCUUGUAUGGUAUCUUACCUCUAGGAUCACAAGCUGUUCAUGAGAAGGCCCCACACAUCAAGUCCAUCCUUCUGGCCGGACCACGAGGUACCGGCAAACGCAGUCUUGUCAAUGCCAUCUGUACCGAGACGGGUGCCAACCUCUUUGAUCUGACUGCCACCAACAUUGCUGGCAAGUACCCCGGCAAGUCUGGCCUUGCUAUGCUGAUGCAUAUGGUGUUGAAGGUUGGCCGACUCCUACAGCCAUCUGUCAUCAUGAUUGGUGAUGCAGAAAGGACAUUCCUCAAGAAGGUGCCUAAGACUGACAAGACUGAUCCCAAGCGUCUGAAGAAGGAACUUCCCAAGAUGUUGAAGCUUCUGAAGCCUGAAGAUCGUGUUGUGUUGGUAGGAACAUCAAGGGCACCAUUUGAAUGUGAGAUGAAGGGACUGGUUGGAUCAUUCCAAAGAGUUAUCCUCAUCCCAAGACCUGACUAUGCAUCCAGGCAUUUACUAUGGAGAUCUUUGAUCAUCAAGAACAAUGGGAUCCUAAAUCCACAGAUUGACAUGAGUUCCCUGGCUAAGGUGACCGAUGGCUACACCCAGAAACACAUUAUGACAGCAUGCCAGCAGGUCCUGACGGAAAGACGGGUAGCUCAGCUUGCUAAGAGACCUCUGGUGGGGUCAGAGUUCAUCCCGGCAUUGGCUCGUCUUGAACCCAUCUACAAGGAGGAAGAAGAGGCCUUUAAGACAUGGUAUGCCAAGACUCCCUUGGGAAAGAAGAGGGCUAAAGCUGCUGAAGGUGGUGACGAUGAUGACAAGGGAAAGAAGGGCAAGAAAGGAAAGAAAGGAAAGAAGGGAAAGAAAGGAAAGAAGAAGAAGUAAAUCACCAUUGUGUCUUAGAAGACUGACCUCAUCUCUCAGCUUCAACAUAAUCUUCCGCUAAUCUCUACUUCUUUGUGACCGAAAGAAGAAUAUGCAAAAACAAGCACCUUGAUACUUCAAAUGAAAAUUAAUUUUUAUCAGAGAAUGUACAGUGUGCAGCCUUAUGAUGAAAAGAACAUUAUUCCAGUCUCUAUCCAGGAUGAUAUUUUUGUUUGUAUCAGUUUUAAAACAAGUAUAUGUUAAAGUUGGCUUGUAGAUUUUGAUGGAAAUAAUGUUCUUCAAGAGACAUUAAUACACAGAUGAAAUAUGAAAGGUUGGUUUUUCCCAGUUUAUUAUCUCAGAUGCAAUGUUAGUUUUCUUUAAUAGGAGCAGUUACCAAAUGGCAUGCACCAUAUUGUUGUAGUCUAGGUAAGCUUUGUUUUGAGGAAAUAACUCAUUUUUUGGGGAAAUAAAUUUGAACAGACUGCAACACAACAUUUUUGGCAAUGCAGGUAAAGCAAUUACAAACUGAAACCACAUUUUAUGUACAUUUGGAGGAAUUAUUGAAAAUUUUUGUCAGUUUAAUUGGACAAGAGGAAAUUUGUACAUUGUGUUUCACAUUCUUUAUAUUAUAGUGUCAUAUCUGUAUGUGCAUACCAAGUAAAUAUAUAUCUUGAAUGUAUACCGGACUAAAUGAGGUGAAGUCCUUCAAACAUUCUUCCAAAACUUGCAUUUCUCCUUUUGCCUUUCAACUUUUCUAUUAGCAUAUUGUGCAUAAUGAUAUAUAUUGUGAUAUUUAAUAAUUUAUUAUUCCAUCCAAUUGUGUCAUAAUUUGAUUUAUGUAACAACUUUGACAUGCAUCACAUUAAAGUACAUGAAUACUUCAUUAGAAAUUUGACAAUUGCCUUUCGAUAUUUUCUCAUUCCUAAAACCCUAAACUCUAUGUGACUGUACUUGAUGAGAUGCAUUUCUGGAGCUUUUCAACAGAACACAUUCAACUUGCCUUCUUUUCUUUUCCAUAUUAUACUACCUUGAUUAGUACCAACUGUGAGUAAGAAAAUGGAAGAUUAUCUAACAAAUAGCAAAUAUAUAUAUUAAAUGUAAAAUAUCUCUGUGAUAAA